GGUGUGCUUUCAAUGGUUUUGCCUCUGAACUAUUGACUCUCCAAUGAUAAUAUGCACCAUUGCGUUUUACGACCUGCCUGAAGCCAGUUGGGCAGCUCGACGGCAAAAGUACGGGCCUACAGUUACUCCUUGUCUUAUAUUCGCUUACAUCCUAAACUGCAUUAAUGCCAUCAGCUACGGCGAGAAUAUUCUUCAAAAAUGGGUCGGCAAACCGAAGGAUCCGGAACCAUACUAAUGAGGGUCGUCAGCAUAAGAAAUUUUAGAUUGUCAUGCAUAAAUAGCUACAAGGGCUAGGAUAACAAUCGUGCCCAUAUCAGAGCAGCUGCGGUGUGUAUAAGGAUCGGAUCGACCGCCCUUCUCUUUAAUGAUUGUUGAUACAGACCUCUCAAACGGCAUUAUCUCCGCACAUGUGACAAGUAGUGCCUUUCAAACAUUAAAUUGAAUUGAAAGCAAACUUCAUUUCUCUUCUUUGUCCAAAAUUUGUUUUUACAUAAACCCGAGCUGUAAUUCUGUCUAUACACACCCGCGACGAGGUUCAGGAUGGCCAUUGUCGAGACACUCACAAGUAACGCGACCGCAAUUGCGACGGCGUUAGUUGGCGGUGCGCUUCUCUUUUUAUGGCGCCUCUCUAAUGUGCAGCUCGAUGUACGAGAGCCGCCAAUCUUGAAACCCACAAUUCCUAUUAUCGGCCAUGUGUUGGAUAUGUUCACGUUGUCACAUGCCUUCUUCACGAAGACCUAGUAUGUGGUAGACUCUCGUGAUAUCUCUUGCUGUCACUAGAUUGAAGACUGACACGUCUCAGCAAACAAGCUGAAGGGAGAGAAGCUUAUACGCUUCCCAUGAUGGGUGGGAAAGUUUAUUUCGUAGCUUCGCCUGAACUAGUCAAUGCGAUGAUCAAGUCGCGAUCCCUGAGCUUCGACCCUGUUCUUCGUUCCACAAUUGCUAAGCUAUUCACAAUUUCGAAGGAGGGGGUACGCAAAUACGUGGAUCCGAGUAUUGGCUUGGAGACGCGUUGGACCAAGAACUUCUACGGCUGCUUGAAUGGGGUUCAACUCAAGGAGAUUAAUAAAGCUGUGCUUACUGAUGUAUUCCGUCAGCUCGACGAAUUGCCGGACGAAGUCAAUGUAGAUGACAGUUGGUUGUGGCUCCGCGACAAACUAUCGUUUGCUUCUACCGCGGCGAUGUUGGGGAGAGAUAACCCAUUCUGUGCCCAUCCUUCGCUCGUCGACGAUUAUUGGUACGUCGACAACAAACUGGUACAUUUCGCUUUGGGUCCAGCACCUUGGAUGACUGCACCCAGUGCAUGGAUGGCCCGUAAUCGCAUUCAUCAUGCCCUUAUCCAAUACACAAAGGAGAAGAAGCACGAUGCGGAUGACGUUUCGGCGCUUUGGAAAGGCUCGUACGAUCUUCUUCACGAGUUCGGAUUCUCGGAAAGCGACAUAGCAGCCUUUCUCCAAGCAACGCUUCAGGCCGCGCUUUUCAACACAAUCCCUACAUUUAAUUGGUAUUUUGUUCACAUCUGGAGUGAUCCGUCGCUGGUGUUUCGGUUACGAGAGGAGGUAUCGGGCGUUGUUGCGGAAAGCUUGGAGCUACGCGGUGACGGGAAGCGCGAGAUGACGAUGAAUAUGGCAAAAAUCGAGGAGCGUUGCCCGCUCCUUGUCGCUGCUUUUCACGAGAACUUGCGUACAGUCGCAGAGGGGGCUUUCAACCGCGUGGUUAUGGAAGACACUAUCAUUUCCAACGGAAAAGGUGGUCAAGAGUACCUUUUGAAGAAAGGUAAUAAUUUGAUGGCUUCGCAAAGUAUCAUCCAUGUCUCGGAGGAACAUUGGGGGUCCCAGGCUGGUGGUUUCGAUCCGACGAGAUUUAGCAAGGACACUGGUGUGCCUGGAGAAUCAGAAUCGCACAUAAAGCCAGGCACCUACGUGCCUUUCGGCGGCGGGAAACAUCUUUGUCCCGGCCGACAUUUCGCCUCCAUGGAGAUUUGGGGAAUGAUGAUUGCUUUGUUGCUCAGUUUCGACAUUACUGACGCGGAAGGAAGAACGCUAACCGUUCCAGAAAGAACGAUGCCAACGAUGACAUCUGGUAUUGGUAGACCAGUCGCUGGAACUGAUUUGCGCCUGAAAUUAUCACGACGAAAAGACUGGAAUAAUAUCACUUGGAAAGUUGAUAUGGCCUAAUCCUCAAAGGACUUAACAACCUGGGGAUUUCGCUGGAUCCAUCAUGUGAGGGUCUGCUGCUCGUGACCCCGGUGGAAGAUUAACCAGCUGAUUGUGACUUGUGUAGCCGUAUUAGAUCAUAUAAUAAUCCAGAUGGGUACUACCGGUGUUUCGAUCGGAUAUCUUCAAACAAUUAGGACGAGGUGACCACCCGUAAUUAUCAGCAUAGCUUAGGUUGGGAUUGGGUAUAAAUUAACGUGCCUA